GCGUAGUGCGCAUGUGUAGCGUAGAAGCUGGGUUUUCACUUCAGUGUGUAGUGCGCGAACAUAAGAGAAGGAGAUUGCGAGUCAGGAGUCCGGACCUGGAGCAGAAGCAGAAGCAACAGCAGCGGUACUGCAUCUGAGGUCUGUCAUGGAUGCCUUGACUGAGGCCCUGUCUUCCAGCUUCUGUGUAACCAAAGAAGCAAACAGCACUUCAGCCCCGCAUCCUCGCCUGGCUCAGUACAAGAGCAAAUACAAUGCUCUGGAGCAGAAUGAGCGCAGGAGGAAAUUCCUGCAAGAGCAGAAGCAAAAAAGACUGAACUAUGUGAAUCAUGCCCGCCGUUUGGCAGAGGGGGACUGGACAGGGACCGACAGUGAUGAAGAGAAGGAGAAACAGAAAAGCCAGCAGCAGGAUGAGACGGAAGAAGAAGAAGGGAUGGAGGUUGAGCAACGCAAAAAGCUGCCAAAGCACUACGCCAACCAGCUGAUGUUGUCAGAGUGGCUGGUGGACGUCCCUGUGGAUCUUGGCACCGAUUGGCUGCUGGUGGUCUGUCCUGUGGGGAAGCGCUCGCUCAUCGUUGCAUCCAAGGGCUCUACAUCAUCAUAUACUAAAGGUGGAUACUGCAUGAAUCGUUUCCCUUCUUUGCUACCAGGAGGGAACAGACACAACUCGGCCAUCGGGAAAGACUACACCAUCCUAGACUGCAUUUACAGUGAAGUGGAUAGGACGUACUACAUCCUGGAUGUGAUGUGCUGGAGGGGGCAUCCUGUCUACAACUGUACAACGGAGUUCCGGUUUUACUGGUUGCAGUCGAAGGUUAAAGAAGUGGAAGGACUUUCAGAGAUUUGCAGACGAAACCCUUUCCGUUUUGUGAGUCUGAACAGCAUCAGCUGCACAACAGAGUCCAUUCAAAAGGCCCUGGCACACGACUACAGCUUCAGCGUAGAUGGACUCCUGUUCUACCACCAUGAGACUCACUAUACCCCAGGCACAACCCCACUGGUGGGAUGGCUCAGACCUUACAUGGUGCCAGACAUCCUAGGUAUCGAGGUGCCACAGUGCCCCCUCACCACCAAGCCGGACUACGCUGCACACCAGAUGCAGCAGAUCUUGGAGCAAAAGAAGCAGUCCAGUCAGGUUCGGCCUGCAGAUCAGGACGGGAGAUAUGAGCUCGAGCAUCUGUCCACGCCAGACGCAGCAACCAUAAAGCACACACAGAGACCUGAUUGCUAGUGGCUCAGCAACUACUGGUUUUGUAUUGUGUCAAGGAAUUCUCAAUACUGAUGGACACACGUUCUGGGAUUUAUUCAGUGUUUUCUGAAACCCUGUCAAUUUUAGAUGAGCUUGGAGACAGCUACUUUACUUUCCACACUGUAUGUGGAGCUUCAGACAUGAUAAAUUUGGCAUUCGUUAUUGAUCAGUUAAACCUCCAAUACUGUUUCGAACAACAUUUCCAGAACGGUUUACAUUUUGUUUCCUUUGUCUUAGCCUUCAUCAUUCAGUAAAAUUGUUCAAAUUGCUUCAAUAAUAUGGUUUGAUUAAUUAUUUAAUGGUUUAACACUGUAGCUUGAGGAUGACACGAAAAAGCAAAGAAAAUCCAGCUUGGUUUAUCAGAUGUAAACUUGUAUUAAGUGGAAUUUACAAAACACCAUUCUGUGUACAAUGCUAUAAAGUUGUCUGAAUGCCUUUUCUGGAAAAUUACAUUUUGAAGUUUUAAACGUAAACCAUCCUUUUCAAUGAGGAUGCUUAGAAAAACUCUUAACGCUGUAUUAAUAAGUGUAUUUUUUUUAUUCUUGACAUUUUGGAUACUUCUGGAACCCCCUCCCCUUUUGCUUGCUUGCUUUAAUUUUUUUUAAAGAGAAUUUAGCUUAAAUAAUUUAGCUUAAACAAUUUAAGUUAAAUUACAUGUGUAGGUUUGCCUAGGAAGCUUGUCUGAAUAAAAUCGCU